GUGACCUUUGCAUGGCAUAGUAGGGCGGAUCCUCUAAACCUUUUCGACUGUUGCCAUAUCUGCGAUUGAUUACGGUCUACUUCGUCGAAUCACCGGUUCUUCAGUCCACUGCCUGUAACCUAGGUUAUCUCAUAGCGCAACGUACUAUAGGUUCGUGAAUAUGGAAACGCAUUCGAAACUCUGCGACACAUGUCAACACGUUAAGCUUGAGGACUACCUCUACCAAGCCAAAUAUCCCGGCACCGUGGAAUUAGGCCGCUUCCAAGACGUCGCCAAGAAAAGUGACUGCCCUCUUUGUAGGCUCGUGAUCCAGGCACUCAACAUUUACUCGAGACAAUACUGGAAGGCCGGCGUCUAUCCUGUGGAAGUUUGCUACCUGGGAUGGCAUGUUGAAAAGUCAAACCAGCCAGUCCUCGACGUUUGGUUUAAUUCCACAUCCGAAACACUUCCAGACGGCAUGUGGGGCCACUCUACAACCCUGGGCCAAAUUAUUCCUCUGUACCAACCACUUGCGCAUACUGCGAGUGAGGCAGGAGUAAUAGGUCGUACCCAGCUUGUUGGUGAGAAAAUUGACAUUUCUCGCCUCCGAGGCUGGAUGAAUAGCUGCGCUUCCUUUCAUGGGCCGAAUUGCAACCCCCCAAAGCUUCACAUAACUGAGAGGCCAGACUUGAGGUUGCUAUUGGUCGAUGUCAGGAGGAUGAGGCUCGCAGAGUGUGACUGGGGCUCUCGUUAUGUAGCGCUCAGCUAUGUCUGGGGCUCCUCCAAGAGUCUGGUGUGCACAAAGACAAACAUACACCAUCUCCAAAAGGAUGGGUCUCUACGAAAAUUGCGGGGCGAGCUACCACGGGCAAUUAAUGAUGCUAUUGACCUGACCGACGCCGUGGGUGAAGCAUAUCUAUGGGUAGAUGCGCUCUGUAUCAUCCAGGAUGACAACAGCUCGAAGGAUGUGUACAUUUCACGUAUGAAUCAAAUCUAUGGCAAUGCAUAUGUGACUCUCGUUACGCUAAAUGGCCUAUCGGACGAUUCGGCGUUACCAGGAGUUACCCACUCGCGGAUCCUCGUCCAGUCGCCCGUUGAAAUCAAUGGCCUACAUCUGGUUCCCAGGCUGCCGGAACUUUCCUUCGUUGAACAGUUCUCUGCGUGGAGUCGCAGGGCUUGGACAUUUCAGGAAGGUAUCCUGUCCAGGCGUUGUCUUUAUUUUGCAGAACAUCAAGUAUUUUGGCAAUGCCGCACCGCUUACCAGGCGGAGGAUAACGCAGAUGAUCAUGAUCAAGAUGUGUCGGAUUUUGGACGGGGGCGGAGGGUCAAUGCUCUGGACAGAGAGUCCGGAAACGAUCGAAGAAUGCAGUUCAACAUAUUUGAAUCGCUUGUCAAGCAGUAUUCCCCGAGGGACGUGACUUUCUCUGCUGAUGCUCUGAAUGCAUUUGCUGGGAUUCUUUCUGCUAUGACAGAGUCAUUUGGCUGGAAAUUCGCGUACGCCCUGCCAGAAUCUUUGUUCGACCUGGCAUUGCUAUGGAGACCCAUGUUCAGUGCUACUAUGCGACCCAGGUGGUCGUCCGGUCAAAGCGAAGAGUCUUUUUGUACAUCACCUACUUGGUGUUGGACGAGCUGGCGCGGAGACAUUUUCUGGAGUCCUUGGCGUCUGCAAUCCUUCGCAGGCCAGGAAGUCACUUUGAAGACAGAGAUUGUGAGCUUUUGGGUUCAAGACUCUGGCGGUUUGCGCCAGAUUCGGCGAGGCCGGGCUCUGGACUCUGAUGCUGAGAUUACCGGUUACACAGCUGGUGAGCAGAUAACACCAGAGUCUGCACUAGUGUUUGAAGCCAAAACAAUCAAUAUUGAGGCAUACAGCAUCUCGGAACCGCGGAUAGACCAGUGUGCCUUGUGGAACGGUGAUAAAGCUGGUAUUAACUUGUCCGACUAUUUCCGCAAUAAUAUGUCUCAUUCCUCCUGGAUCUAUGAUUCUUCUGGUCAACACUGCGGCACGCUCGAUGCCUUUAAGCUAGACGCAGAGAUAACGCCGUGCAAGAACUACCCUCGUUAUGACUUAGUCCUGCUAUCGCGUAGCGGCCAAGGCGAGGUAACACAGGCAGCCAUUGAACACUUCCAGGACCGUCUUCCCCCCGAAUACCCGUUCAAUGUAGAGUAUUACGAAGAGAUAUUCGAUACGCGUCAUUACUCCUACAAAACUGACUGGGCCCUGAAUAUCAUGUUGGUGCGAUGGAAAAAUAACCUGGCGGAGCGUGUGGCCAUUGGACAGAUGCAUGUUGAUUCUUGGAAUGAGGCGCUCCAGGAAUCAAGUUUAAUUACACUGGUGUGAGCCUGUAAGUUAAAGGAGAAGUAAUUCCUACUUUGCUUACUUGUCCCAUGUUGCAGACAGCUUCUAUGCGUCAACGACCUUCACCAACUUCCAAAAAUAUUUAAGUCACAUACAACACCGGGGAUUCCCCA